AUGCAAGCAUUACAAGCAGGUGAAGCCUUGCUGAAGUUCUUGUUAGAUCAAAGAUUAGAGACAGCAGGAAAUGACGACAAGGCACGUAAUCCUAGAUCGAUUAUGUUUUUCACAUCCCCGUACUUACGAACCAGACAGACUUGCAAUAAUAUCAUUGAAGGAAUUAAGAAUGUUCCUGGUGUGGAAUAUGAUGUUAGAGAAGAUGCAAGAAUGAGAGAACAAGAUUUCGGUAACUUUCAACCUGAACUGGAAGAGAUGGAGAGAAUUUGGAAAGAAAGAGCACAAUACGGUCACUUCUUUUUCCGAAUACCUCAUGGUGAAAGUGCAGCAGAUGUUUAUGAUCGAGUAGCAAGUUUCAAUGAAUCAUUAUUUAGAAAGUUCAGAUAUGAUACGUUUCCUAAUAUUUUAGUAUUGGUUAGUCAUGGGAUCUGGUCAAGAGUGUUUCUUAUGAAAUGGUUUAAAUGGAGUUACGAAGAGUUUGAAAGUUUAAAAAACAUCCCACAUUGCCAGUUUUUGGUUAUGAAGAAACACGAUGACGAUCAAAAGUAUCAUUUAAAGACAAGAUUACUCACUUGGAAUGAUAGUGAUGAAGAUGAUGAAUUGGCCUUGGGUGAAUGUAGAUCGAGUGAUCUGGAGGUUUACAAGUUGAUCCAAGAACAAAGAGAUGCAGUCAAUGCGACAAAAAAGAAGAAUAAAAAACUUGAAGCAAUGUACAGGGAAGUGUAUAAUGAUACUCAACAGAAUGGGUAUAAGAAUAAGUUGGUCUCCACCUUUCAAAUGCAGAACCAGAGUGUAACAAAUAGUGUUGAAAGCUUUCAGUAG